AUGUCUCUUUUCAAGUCUCUCGUCCUCGCCACAGUCGCUGCUACGUCAGCCGUCGCCUUCACCGGUGACAUGACUUAUUUCAAUCAAGGAUUGGGCUCUUGCGGUCAGGUCAAGACCGACGCCGACGCCGUCGUUGCGCUCUCCGCCUUGGAUUAUGGUGAAUGGGCCAACCCCAACGAAGCCACAGUCUGUGGCAAGUGGAUCAAGAUCACAGCAAAUGGCAAGACAGCCCGAGCCCAGGUCUGGGAUAAGUGCCCCGGUGGCGAGUGUGUAUCAGGCGGCAUCGACGUCUCCCCAAGCGUCUUCACCCAGAUUGCAGACCUUUCCGUUGGCCGCCUUACAGUCACUUGGGAGUACGAGGACGGCACCGGUGGCGGUUCAGGCGACGUGAGCACCACUGCCGUCCCGGCCCCAACCAGCGAGGCUCCUGUGCCUACUACCACCAGCGAGGUCAUCGUCCCUACUACCACCAGCGAGGUCGUUGUACCCACUACCACCAGCGAGGUUAUCAUUCCUACAACCACCAGCGAGGUCAUCAUUCCCACCACUACCAGCGAGGUUGUCGUGCCUUCGUCUACCAGCUCAUCCAGCACCUCGAUUGCCGCCCCAACCACUUUCUCAACCCGCGUGAGGCCUUCCACCACCAGCCGCGCUGCACCAAGCACCACAUCCCUCCCCGGCCAAGUGCUGGUGGAGACCAACAGGGUCAAGGUCGUCGUCGUGACCGAGUGGGUGACCGCCACCGUCACUGAGACUGCUGUCCCUACUUCUUCUUCUUAA